AUGGAACAGAGCAAAAGAACAGAACAAGCUAUGCAGAGCUUGAAAAGAUUGAUCGUCUCCUUCGUUUGUUGUCUUCCCAUGUCUCUUCUAGGUCUUCUUAUCAUGCUUCUCUUAAUCUACAACAGCUUCUCUGUCUUCUCUCUUCAUCUUGAUCCAAUCCCACCAAUCAAAUCCACUAUAUCACUUACUCAUCACCAGAUUCUUCAUCAUCAUUCAUCAUCAUCAACAGCAACAUCAUCAUCUGACUCAGAUACUUCACUGUUGCUUGUAGUGAAAGAAACCUCUUUAGGGUACGUACAAAAGCAGAACGUUUCGUCCACGAGGACAGAGAGAAGGAAGAGGAGAUUAAAGAGAAGAAUCGAGUUAACAUCGCCCGUUACACAGCGGCCACAAGGUAGAUCAAGACCGAGAUUCAAGACGAGGAUCAAGUCUUUCUUGUCCACAUCCUCAUGCGAGUCACUGUUCUUCAUGACUUGGAUCUCUUCCAUCGAAUCUUUCGGUGAUCGAGAACGAUUCACCAUAGAGAGCCUCUUCAAAUCUCACCCAAAUAGCUGUUUAAUCUUGGUCUCAAACUCACUUGACUGUGACAGAGGAACACUAAUCUUGAAACCCUUUACAGAUAAAGGGCUUAAAGUGCUUCCAAUAAAACCUGAUUUCGCUUACAUCUUCAAAGAUACAUCGGCAGAGAAAUGGUUUGAGAGAUUGAAGAAAGGAAUGUUCAGUCCAGGAGUGAUUCCAUUAGAGCAAAACCUCUCCAACCUUCUAAGAUUAGUCUUGCUCUACAAAUUCGGCGGAAUCUACUUAGACACAGAUGUUAUAAUCAUCAAACCUCUCAGCCAUCUCCACAACGUAAUCGGAGCACAAUCAGUUGAUUCCAUUACAAGAAAAUGGAGCAGGCUCAACACUGCGGUGCUCAUCUUUGACAAGAACCAUCCAUUGCUCAAAAGGUUCAUCGACGAAUUCUCAAGAACCUUCAAUGGUAACAAAUGGGGUCACAACGGUCCCUACUUAGUGUCAAGAGUCGUCGGAAGAAUCAACAUUUCUUCAUCUUCCUCGGAUUUGGGAUUCUCUGUUCUUCCACCAUCUGCGUUUUAUCCGGUGGAUUGGACUAGAAUCAGAGGAUUUUACAGAGCACCAGCAAACGAGAGCGAGGCGAAUUGGUCACGGAAGAGGCUUACGCAUUUACGUAAACAUAGCUUUGCUGUUCAUCUCUGGAACAGAGAGAGUAAGAAGCUUAGGAUUGAAGAAGGAAGCAUCAUUCAUCAACUCAUGUCUGAUUCUUGCAUCUUUUGUAACUCUUCUUCUUUACAUUUUAGUUAG